AUGGGCGAGCAUAAUCUUCUUAAUCCCGGUUUUGUGGGACCUUUGGUAAACAUCCACACCGGAGACACAUUUUACCUUCCCAAUUUCCGAGCAUCCGGGGGACAACUGGCGGGUCUACCCUCUCUUCCCUACCCUAGGAGGGACAAUGUGUGCUCCUUGCCGUGGACCCCAUCGGAGCCAUGCAACGGAUACCCUCAGUCUUAUUUCAGCAGCCCCGUGUCCCUUAACCCCAGUUUUAACCGAGCAUGCGAAAUAACGCGACAAGACCAAGGCAAAUGUUUCUACAGCAACAGCGGUGGAGGAGGCGGCGGGGUAAACCGAGAAAACUGUGUAGAGAGUGUAAACCUCAAACGUGAGGACAGGGCACGGGGGGACCCGUCCGUCUCCAUAGUGGGAGAGCAAGGACUACACAACCACAACGCAAACGCAAUGGGCAACGGCGGAAACUUCUCCAAAUACGACUACGGAACCACUGGUGAGCAGCUGACCCAAGAUCCUCCAUCCUGCCAGUCGCUAGAGUCCGACUCUGGGUCGUCGCUGCUCAACGAAGGGGGCAAAACACCAUCAGGCAUCGCACACACAUUGACGUCCCCUGGCACACACACGCAUGCAGGCAGCGCAACUCCAGGCACUGGUGCUCCAUGGUACCCCAUGCACACGCGAACCCGCAAGAAACGGAAGCCCUACUCCAAGCUACAGUUGGCUGAGCUCGAGGGCGAGUUCAUGCUCAACGAAUUCAUCACCCGCCAGCGGCGGAGGGAGCUUUCUGACCGGCUGAAUCUGAGCGACCAACAGGUCAAGAUUUGGUUCCAAAACCGCCGCAUGAAGAAGAAAAGACUGUUGCUUCGAGAGCAGGCAUUGUCCUUCUUCUAG